GCCCUCCCGGUGCUGACAGCGAGCGCGCGGCCCCGCGGGAGCAGCACGACGGACCUAGUCCUUCUCCUGCUACUCUGAUUGUUCCCAUGUUCCUUUGCUGGUUUUCUUCCUUCUUCCAACUGUGACCACUUCUCAAGGCUUUGAAUGUAUGACAACAUGUCCACGAUGGUGUAUAUAAAGGAAGACAAGUUGGAGAAGCUUACACAGGAUGAAAUUAUUUCUAAGACAAAGCAAGUGAUUCAGGGGCUGGAAGCUCUGAAGAAUGAGCACAAUUCCAUUUUACAAAGUUUACUUGAGACACUGAAGUGUUUGAAGAAAGAUGACGAAAGUAAUCUGGUGGAAGAGAAAUCAAACAUGAUCCGAAAGUCACUGGAAAUGUUGGAGCUUGGCCUGAGUGAGGCACAGGUUAUGAUGGCUUUGUCCAAUCACCUAAAUGCUGUUGAGUCCGAGAAACAGAAACUACGUGCACAGGUUCGUCGGCUGUGCCAGGAGAAUCAGUGGCUGCGGGAUGAACUGGCCAAUACACAGCAGAAAUUACAGAAAAGUGAGCAGUCUGUGGCUCAACUGGAGGAGGAAAAGAAGCAUCUGGAAUUCAUGAAUCAGUUAAAAAAAUAUGAUGAUGACAUCUCUCCAUCCGAGGACAAAGACACUGAUUCCACCAAAGAGCCUCUGGAUGACCUUUUCCCAAAUGAUGACGACGACCCUGGUCAAGGAAUCCAACAGCAGCAUAGCAGUGCGGCGGCAGCUGCGCAGCAGGGUGGCUAUGAGAUCCCAGCGCGGCUGCGUACCCUCCACAACCUGGUCAUCCAGUACGCCUCUCAGGGGCGCUAUGAGGUGGCAGUGCCGCUCUGCAAGCAGGCCCUGGAGGACCUGGAGAAGACUUCCGGCCAUGACCACCCAGAUGUGGCCACCAUGCUAAACAUCCUGGCCUUGGUGUACAGAGACCAGAAUAAAUACAAAGAUGCUGCCAAUCUACUGAAUGAUGCCUUGGCCAUCCGUGAGAAAACUUUGGGCAAAGAUCAUCCCGCGGUGGCAGCAACUCUGAAUAACCUUGCAGUGCUUUAUGGCAAAAGAGGGAAGUACAAGGAGGCUGAGCCGCUGUGUAAAAGAGCUCUGGAGAUCAGAGAAAAGGUUUUGGGGAAGGAUCACCCUGACGUUGCCAAGCAGUUAAACAACUUGGCUUUACUGUGCCAGAAUCAGGGCAAGUACGAAGAAGUCGAAUAUUACUAUCAAAGAGCUCUGGAGAUCUACCAAACAAAACUGGGGCCUGAUGACCCCAACGUGGCCAAAACGAAAAAUAACCUGGCAUCCUGCUAUCUGAAGCAAGGAAAAUUCAAGCAAGCAGAAACACUGUACAAAGAGAUUCUCACUCGUGCACAUGAAAGGGAGUUUGGUUCUGUAGAUGAUGAAAAUAAACCCAUUUGGAUGCAUGCUGAAGAAAGAGAAGAAUGCAAAGGAAAGCAAAAGGACGGGACAUCUUUUGGAGAGUAUGGCGGCUGGUACAAAGCCUGCAAAGUUGAUAGUCCAACUGUUACAACUACUUUGAAAAACCUUGGGGCACUUUACAGACGUCAAGGCAAAUUUGAAGCUGCAGAGACAUUGGAAGAAGCAGCCAUGAGGUCCCGCAAACAGGGUCUUGACAAUGUUCACAAACAGAGAGUAGCUGAAGUGCUGAAUGACCCUGAGAACGUGGAGAAGCGGAGGAGCCGCGAGAGCCUCACUGUGGACGUGGUCAAGUACGAGAGCGGCCCUGAUGGAGGGGAGGAAGUGAGUAUGAGCGUAGAGUGGAACGGGGAUGGCACUGGAUCUUUAAAGCGCAGUGGCUCCUUUAGCAAACUCCGAGCUUCAAUUAGACGCAGCAGUGAGAAGCUGGUUAGGAAGCUGAAGGGAGGAAGUUCUCGAGAGAGUGAGCCAAAGAACCCCGGCAUGAAGCGUGCCAGUUCUCUGAAUGUCCUUAACGUGGGUGGCAAGGCCGCUGAAGACCAUUUCCAAGAACGAAAUAAUUGUCUGGCAGACUCUCGUGCUCUGAGUGCCAGCAACACUGAGCUGGCCCGCUGAGGGUCGAGGCUGAGCUAGAUAAAAUCCCCGAGACUAAUGGAGCACUGAGCCCUCAAAGCUUUGCCGAGCCCCCUCCCCUAACUCUGCAGGGGACCCACCACCUGGGUCACUUGCUUCUCUAGAUAGUGAUCCUCCACCGCCUCGCCUCCUGGAGGCCUGCCCCGAAUUCUGUUAAGCUGUCUGCAGUCUAGCGACCAGGAGCUGCCGGAGCGUGAGCGUGAGACCGGCCGGGCCUGGCGGUCAGGGAGGCCGAUGUGGCGCUGGCAGCUGGCUUCCCCACGUUUGGAAUGGGCCGCUGCUCACGGACUACACCGGAAUCUGUUGUGCGUGUUAAUGUAUACUAAGGCUGUAACCUAAGACUCUGGAACCUUACGCUGCAUCCUUUCAGAAUAAGCAUCUGAUGAUCUGUGGCAGAGCUGCCUGGAAUUCAGAGAGGGGGUGCUAAGAAGCGGGGGAGACGGGUAACAUGCUGGUGGGUCUGGGUCCCCGCCGGGUCCCCACUCCCGCAGUGUGGCACAUCCACGUGCCUUGCCAGACGCCCCGUGGGCUCCCAGGCCUGCCCCUUUGGAACCCCUUUUUCCCCUGCUGGUCCCUGAGUGCUGAGCAUGUAGAGAUGCAGGUUUUAUGUUGAAAAAGGUUUUCUUUGUCAACAUGGGGUAGGUUUUGAUGGAAACAUUGUCCAGUGUUUGCUGCAGCCCUGCCCCUCAAUAGAUGUGUGAGUCAAGCUGGUAGCUUUAGAAAAUCCCGAGCAGAUGACGAGGGGGUUGGUGGCACCCAGAGACAGGUGCCUCUGGGUCUGGCCCGUGGCCUCUGUGGCCGUGCCUCUUUGCUCAGCGCCCGACCGUCCCAGUUUGCAGCUUCUGGUGGACGAGGAACUGACUGUGUAAACGCUGUCCAGGGCCGGUCUGCACAUGGGGUGGAUCGGGAGACACGCGAGGAAAGAACGCGCACAGCGUGUCCCCGCAGAGGCACUGUGUGCUCUGCAGUCCCGUCUGGGUAUGGAGGCCGCUGGGAGGGCUGGAGGGGCUGGCUGGAAGCUGCCCCAUGUCGGGUCAUCCUUCCCCAACCCCCGUCCCGCCGCCCCCGCCGUCAGAAGUGCUCUCUCGUGCCACGAAGCUGAUCCAGUACUGAUCCAGUACGUCGGAAACCUAGCCGGGUUCCCUUACUGACGCUUCUCUCUGGAGGAACAGGGCGUUUGGGAAGGAUGAACAUGGGGUGAGAAUAGGAUUUCAUGUUGGGCCCCAGGGGGUACGGGCAGGCCUUUGUUGGCCUUGCCUCUCUGAGGGCGCCAGCGGCCUCCUUUAGACCCAGCCCAGACCCAGCCCGUAAGAAACCUUCCUGCCCCCGGGACGCUGCCUGCAGAUCUGUGCUUUCUGAACUUGGACAAAACAAAGGAGCCCGGUUGUCACUGCUUCAUUCAAGUGUGCGUGUUCACGCUCUCGGGGAGGGAGUAGUGCGGGCAGCGUGCUUUCCUUUCUGGGGGAGGGGACCCUUGGAAUGCCAGUCGUCCCUCCCCCCCCCGUACCUAGUGCCUGUGGUUCCAGGCCUUGGCCACAGGGCAGACGGGAAGUGGAUCGGGGUUGCACCGUGUGCAGAGCCCUCCGUGGGCCUGUCGGAGGUGGAGGCUGUGGAGGGCCGGGCCUUCCGACCCUCCCAGCUCUUCCCAAGGUGCUAGACCCGGCAGCCUGGGGCACUCACUCGGUGUUUGCAGUGUUGGGGGAGUCACUGAUGUCUUGGAGUUAAAAAAAAUUGUCAUUUGUUCAGAAAGCUGCUAAGAAUAUCAUGUAAUGGGAAAUUCAGUGUUUAUGGUAACGUAUAAAUAUUGCUAAAAAUAUAUAGUUUACAGUUUAUAGAAGAUACCGCUCAUAGUCCUAACUUUAUAGACUGUUCUGGGGAAGCACAUUGCAUAGAUGGGGCUGUAUUCUGAUGUUUCUACUUGCACUACUGAGUAGUGCACUGGAUGGUCGUCAGACUCCUGGAAACUAUACGGUGGUGCGUGAUCGCACCUGCCAAGGGUGAGGCUCCAGUUAGCUGAGGGAGUCUGGUCAGGGCAGAAGGCAUCACACGUGUGACUGGGGCAGUCCUAGAGACAGGCUCUCUUCCACCCUGUCCCCACCGUAGGGGGUACCCAGGGCUGUGAGGAGUGCGUGGGGUGGAGGGGAUGGUGCAGGCGUGGGGCUGUGUGGGGCUGGGAGCCCAGGCCAUCUGUCACUGGGACCGCCCUGCUGCAGGGGCGUCCCUCUGUGGCGGGUGGGCAGGGUGGCCCCCACCGAGUGCUGGCGUGCGUGCGUGCGUGCCCCCCGGGGGAGGCCCAUCUGUUGUGUACACACUGUCUUGGGCUAUAGUUUUCUUACUGUUAGUGUGAUCUGCCUAGAAAAUAAUUUGGGAUUGUUUGUAUUUUAUUAAAAAAUAAAUGGUUUAUUUCUUGGUGCAAAGUCCGUGCACUUGCAGAAAGGCUCUUGUAUAAAAUUACAACCUGUUUUCUAUUUACAGCGGCCAUUCUUACCCUUUUGAGGGCCACAGACUACUUUAAAAACUGGGUGGACAUUUCAAAUCCAUGUUUCUGCUCUAGAAAAUAUCCAAACAGAAAGAGUGCCCAGUUACAGGGACCUGUGCCUCCACCCCUCGUAUGGGUCCGGCAUGGGCCUGCCUUCCUGGCACCAGCCCCGGGGCUCAGUGUCUGGCUUGUAGAGUUGUGGGAGGUUGGUCAAGUUGCUUAGCUGUUCUGUGCCUCAGUUUCCCUGAGAGCAAGGAUUAUAAGUGUACCGGUCCCCAGGGGCUGUGAAGACCACACCAACACGGAGUUACUUAGGGCAGAGCCUGGCACAGAGCAGGCUGUGGUGAAGCGGCCCGGGGCCCGCUGUGCCGGGCAGCGUGGUGCAGCACGAGCGUGGACGUGGCCCUGCCUGCGUGGAGGCUGCGUGGAGGCCACGUCGGGUGGCUCCUCUGUGCUCACCGCCUUCCUGCCGUUGAGGUGCAGCCGACACCCUCAAGCAGGCCCUGACCCGGUGAUGGGUGUGCGGAGUCAGGAUGCCAAUCCUGUGCCCGCAGACAGGGCAGGCUUGUCCGGCAUCUGGGGUCUGUGUCAACAGGACUCGGUCCCCGGGGUCCCUCGCACUCCCUCAGCGUUGACUGUGUAGGAACAGGAGGA